CUCUCUCUUUUUUUUUCUUUUUCUUUUUUUUUUUUUGGUAGAAAUGAAGGGGUGGGUCUAUGGUACAUCACCUGAGUUGUGGGGUAAAUGUAGAGAGUGUCAAUCAAAGGCAGAGCUCUCAGAGCUGGGAAGGAGGCUCUAGAUGGCGGCUGUGCCUUAGAGAGAGAGCGCUCAGCUCCCUGCCUUCUCCACACUUUCCGCAACUUUCCCCAACUUUGGGGCCGCCUCAGGGGGCCCCCGCAAGCCCCUGCCUCUUCUGGAGACCUACUGGGGCAGAUCCGACCCUUUUUCAGGGAGAAAAGCAGCUUUUGGGGGCUCUCUGCUCGUGCCUUGUUGGAAAGCAGAAGCCGUAGAGAGAGCCCAGGUCGUUGUUUUUUCCAGCUUAGAAGCCAUGGCGCACCUCCAUUUUUGUGCGCUCUCCUAAUGAGCUUUUUUUUUUUUCCCUUCCUCCUCCCGGACCUUCUUUUUUUUUUUUUUUUUUUAGGGGGGUAUUAAUUAUCGCCGCUUCUGCAUGAACAAUCAGCACUUUGGGGAUCGUUGGUAUUUAUUUUUUCGGGCUUUUUUAUGAGAGCACUUAGCGUUUUUGGGGGAAAAAUCAUUCGGGAUCGAAUGCUGCUCCCACUGCUAGAUAGGACUCUCGCUUCGGACCGGCUACAUGGAGCAGUAAAUACCUGGGCACAGGACUUCAAAGCAACACAGAUCCCCCUCCCCCCAUAAUAUUUAAGAAUUAAAAGAUGAUGAGAAAUAAAGACAAAAGCCAAGAAGAGGACGGUUCUGUCCACAGCAAUGCUUCGAGUCAUUCGGCAUCUGAAGAUGCAUCUGGCUCAGACUCAGCCAGCCAGUCUGAAAGUGAACAGGGCAGCGAACCAGGCAGCGGUCAUGGCAGUGAGUCGAACAGCAGUUCCGAAUCUUCAGAGAGUCCUUCUGAGUCGGAAAGCGAGUCCACCGGUUCCAAAUCCCAGCAGACCCCACCAGAAGCCAAAGAAAAGCCAGCCUCUAAGAAGGAGCGAAUAGCUGAUGUUAAAAAGAUGUGGGAAGAGUAUCCUGAUGUUUAUGGGGUGAGGAGGUCAAACCGAAGUCGACAAGAGCCCUCUCGUUUUAAUAUAAAAGAAGAGGCAAGUAGCGGGUCUGAGAGCGGGAGCCCAAAAAGAAGAGGCCAGAGGCUACUGAAGAAACAGGAAAAGUGGAAAAGGGAAGCUUCAGAGGAAGAAGAUGGGGAGGAGGAGGAGGAGGAGGAAGAGGAGGAGGAGGACGACGAACAGGAUCAAGGCACCAGUGCAGAAAGUGAACCGGAACAAAAAAAAGUCAAAGCCAGGCGACCCAUACUGAGGAGAGCAGUGGCCAAACCCAGUGUUAAAAAGCAGCAUAAGCCCCAACGUGGUAAGAGGAGAAAGAAGCAAGACUCAUCUGAAGAUGAGGAUGACGACGAAGAUGAUGAAACUCCCAAAAGACAAACUCGCCGCAGAGCAGCCAAAAAUGUCAGUUAUAAAGAAGAUGAUGAUUUUGAAACAGACUCUGAUGACCUCAUUGAGAUGACUGGAGAAGGAGUGGAUGAACAACAAGACAACAGUGAGACGAUAGAAAAAGUCAUGGAUACCAGGCUUGGAAAGAAAGGAGCUACAGGAGCCUCCACCACAGUGUACGCAACAGAAGCCAACGGGAACCCCGGCGCAGACUUUGACCCUGAGAAGGAUGAAGGAGAAGUUCAGUAUCUAAUCAAGUGGAAGGGCUGGUCCUAUAUCCACAGCACGUGGGAGAGCGAAGAGUCCCUGCAGCAGCAGAAAGUGAAGGGCCUGAAGAAACUAGAAAACUUCAAGAAGAAAGAGGAUGAAAUCAAACAAUGGCUGGGAAAAGUUACUCCAGAAGAUGUGGAGUAUUUCAACUGUCAGCAAGAGCUAGCCUCAGAAUUGAACAAACAGUAUCAGAUUGUAGAGCGAGUAAUAGCUGUAAAGACCAGCAAGUCCGCAUCUGGACAUUCUGAAUUCCCAGCUCACAGUCGGAAACCUUCAUCUUCUAACGAGCCCGAGUAUCUGUGCAAAUGGAUGGGGCUACCCUAUGCAGAGUGUAGCUGGGAAGAUGAGGCUCUGAUUGGGAAGAAAUUUCAGAACUGCAUCGACAGCUUCCAUAAUCGAAACAACUCCAAAACCAUCCCCACCAGGGACUGCAAGGCCCUGAAACAGAGACCGAGGUUUGUUGCCUUAAAGAAACAACCAUCUUAUAUAGGGGGAGAGAACCUGGAACUUCGCGACUAUCAGCUGGAAGGCCUCAACUGGCUCGCUCAUUCCUGGUGCAAAAAUAACAGUGUGAUCCUUGCAGAUGAGAUGGGUUUGGGAAAGACUAUCCAGACGAUCUCUUUCCUUUCCUACCUGUUCCAUCAGCAUCAGCUCUAUGGCCCGUUUCUUGUUGUGGUACCUUUGUCAACCCUCACUUCAUGGCAGAGGGAGUUUGAAAUCUGGGCACCAGAGAUCAAUGUGGUGGUUUAUAUAGGAGACCUGAUGAGCAGAAACACGAUACGAGAGUAUGAGUGGAUCCAUUCUCAGACCAAAAGGAUGAAGUUCAAUGCACUCAUAACCACAUAUGAGAUCCUUUUGAAAGAUAAGACUGUGCUGGGCAGUAUUAACUGGGCCUUUCUGGGAGUGGAUGAAGCCCAUCGGUUGAAGAAUGAUGACUCUUUAUUGUAUAAAACUCUGAUUGAUUUCAAGUCCAACCAUAGGCUCCUGAUUACUGGGACCCCUCUUCAGAAUUCCCUCAAAGAGCUCUGGUCCUUGUUGCACUUUAUUAUGCCGGAGAAGUUUGAGUUCUGGGAAGAUUUCGAAGAUGACCAUGGCAAAGGGAGAGAGAAUGGCUAUCAGAGCCUUCACAAGGUGUUAGAACCUUUCCUCCUUCGAAGGGUGAAAAAGGACGUGGAGAAAUCCCUACCAGCCAAAGUGGAACAGAUUCUCAGGGUGGAGAUGUCUGUCCUCCAGAAACAGUAUUAUAAGUGGAUUUUAACCAGGAACUACAAGGCUCUCUCCAAGGGAACAAGAGGCAGCACAUCUGGUUUCCUUAAUAUUGUGAUGGAGUUGAAAAAAUGCUGUAACCACUGCUACCUGAUUAAACCCCCUGAAGAAAAUGAACGGGAAAAUGGGCAGGAGAUUUUGCUGUCCCUGAUCCGGAGCAGUGGAAAGCUGAUUCUAUUGGACAAACUGUUAACCAGGCUGAGGGAGAGGGGGAACAGGGUCCUGAUUUUCUCCCAGAUGGUGAGGAUGUUGGAUAUCUUGGCCGAAUACUUGACCAUUAAGCACUAUCCUUUUCAGCGUUUGGACGGUUCGAUUAAGGGAGAAAUCCGAAAGCAGGCACUGGACCACUUCAAUGCUGAUGGGUCUGAGGACUUCUGCUUUCUGCUCUCCACUCGGGCUGGAGGCCUGGGAAUUAACCUGGCAUCUGCCGACACUGUGGUCAUCUUUGACUCCGACUGGAAUCCCCAGAAUGAUUUGCAGGCUCAGGCCCGAGCUCACCGAAUCGGACAGAAGAAGCAGGUGAACAUUUAUCGCUUGGUCACCAAGGGGACAGUGGAAGAGGAGAUCAUUGAAAGGGCCAAAAAGAAGAUGGUGUUGGAUCACCUUGUGAUCCAGCGUAUGGACACCACAGGCCGAACUGUCUUGGAUAACAACUCAGGCAGGUCGAACUCAAAUCCUUUCAACAAAGAGGAGCUGACGGCUAUUCUCAAGUUCGGCGCAGAGGAUCUCUUUAAGGAGCUGGAAGGGGAGGAAUCGGAGCCUCAGGAAAUGGACAUCGAUGAAAUUUUGCGCUUGGCUGAAACCAGAGAGAAUGAAGUGUCCACGAGUGCUACAGAUGAACUCCUGUCCCAGUUCAAGGUGGCCAACUUUGCAACUAUGGAGGAUGACGAGACAGAGUUGGAAGAGCGAUCCCAUAAGGACUGGGAUGAGAUCAUCCCGGAAGAGCAAAGGAAGAAAGUGGAGGAGGAAGAGCGCCAGAAGGAGCUGGAGGAGAUCUACAUGCUGCCCCGAAUCAGGAGUUCUACUAAAAAGGCCCAGGCAAACGAUAGCGACUCGGAUGCUGAAUCGAAAAGAAGGGCCCAGAGGUCCUCCGGUUCUGAGAGCGAGACAGACGACACGGACGAUGAGAAGAGGCCCAAGCGCAGAGGACGUCCCCGGAGUGUCAGGAAGGACCUUGUAGAGGGCUUUACCGAUGCUGAGAUCAGGAGAUUCAUCAAGGCUUACAAGAAGUUUGGACUCCCCCUUGAAAGGCUGGAGUGCAUAGCCCGGGAUGCCGAGCUGGUUGACAAGUCUGUUGCAGAUCUGAAGCGAUUGGGGGAAUUGAUUCACAACAGCUGUGUGUCAGCCAUGCAGGAGCACGAGGAGCAGCUGAGAGAGAAUGCCAGCGAGGGGAAGGGCCCGGGGAAGAGGAGGGGCCCCACUAUAAAGAUAUCUGGGGUUCAAGUGAAUGUGAAAUCUAUUAUCCAGCACGAAGAGGAGUUUGAGAUGUUGCACAAAUCUAUUCCUGUGGACCCUGAGGAAAAGAAAAAAUACUGCUUAACCUGCCGAGUGAAAGCAGCCCAUUUUGAUGUGGACUGGGGAGUGGAGGAAGAUUCCCGCUUGCUGCUGGGGAUCUACGAGCAUGGCUAUGGAAACUGGGAGCUCAUUAAAACAGAUCCAGAACUUCAACUAACUGACAAAAUUCUCCCUAUGGAGACGGACAAAAAACCUCAGGGAAAGCAGUUACAGACCCGAGCUGACUACCUGCUGAAGCUGCUCAAGAAGGAUUUGGAGAAGAAGGAAGUGGUUAAAGAUGGAGAAGAGACCAAGUUAAAGAAGCGGAAACCCCGUGUGAAAAAGGAAAACAAAGCUCCCAAAGUGAAAGAUGAACACGGAAAUGAGUUGUCCUCUCCGCGGCACUCAGACAACCCAUCAGAAGAGGGGGAGGUCAAGGAUGAUGGCUUGGAAAAAAGUCCCACCAAAAAAAAGCAGAAAAAGGAAAAUAAGGAGAACAAGGAGAAGCAGGCGAGCUCGAAGAAAGAAAAAGAAGGAGACAAAGAACGCAAGAAAUCAAAGGAUAAGAAAGAAAAGCCUAAGAGUGGGGAUUCCAAAUCUGGAAGUAAAGCAAAGAGAUCUCAGGGCCCGGUCCAUAUUACGGCAGGAAGUGAACCCAUCCCUAUUGGAGAAGAUGAGGAUGAUGAUCUGGAUCAGGAAACAUUCAGCAUUUGUAAAGAGAGGAUGAGGCCAGUUAAAAAGGCACUGAAACAGCUGGAUAAGCCAGACAAGGGGCUCAGUGUGCAGGAACAGCUGGAGCACACUCGCAACUGCCUCCUCAAGAUUGGAGACCGCAUAUCCGAGUGCCUUAAGGUCUAUUCUGACCAGGAGCACAUCAAGCUGUGGAGGAGAAACCUAUGGAUUUUUGUGUCCAAGUUCACAGAAUUUGAUGCUCGAAAAUUACAUAAAUUAUACAAGAUGGCCCACAAGAAAAGAUCUCAGGAGGAGGAGGAGCAAAAAAAGAAAGAUGAUACGUCCAGCAGCAAAAAGCCAUUUCGCCCAGAGCCUUCAGGCUCCAGCCGAGAUUCUUUGAUGUCUCAGUCCCACACGCCUCACAACCUUCAUUCACAGAAACUUCACCUUCCCCCGUCCCAUGCGCCCCAGAUGCAUGGACACCAGCGGGAUAACUAUAAUCACCCCAACAAAAGACACUUCAAUGCAGAUCGAGGAGACUGGCAGAGGGAUCGCAAGUUCAACUACGGCGGCAACAGCAACCAGCUGUGGGGCGGAGACCGGCACCAUCAGUACGAGCAGCACUGGUACAAGGAUCACCACUACGGGGACCGGCGGUCCCACGGCGAGCCCCACCGAAGCUCGGGAAACUACCGGCCCAAUAGCCUGUCCCGGAAGAGGCCAUACGACCAGUACAGUAGUGACCGGGAUCAUAGGGGACACAGAGAUUAUUAUGACAGACAUCACCACGACUCGAAGAGACGCAGGUCAGAUGAGUUCAGGCCGCAGAACUACCACCAGCAGGAUUUCCGAAGGAUGUCGGAUCACCGCCCCCCGAUGGGCUACCACGGCCAGGGACCCUCAGACCAUUACCGGUCUUUCCACACAGAUAAAUCCGGAGACUACAAACAGCCGCUCCCCCCUCCGCACCCGGCCGUCUCCGACCCUCGCUCGCCCCCAUCUCAGAAAUCGCCCCACGAUUCCAAAUCCCCCCUGGAUCACAGGUCGCCCCUGGACAGAUCCCUAGAACAGAAAAACAACCCAGACUAUAACUGGAACGCUCGGAAAACAUAAAGGGGUGGUUGGGGAAGGGAAGAAAGAGAGAGAAGAGAGAGCAAGAGAGAGAGAAUGAACGAGCCUCUAAGAUUUGGUCCGAUAGGCCGGGGACCGGAGACUUUGGGCAUGCUGCUGCUGCUGCUACACCCCACUGGCUGAAGGAGGAUGCCGAGGGGAAGCGCCAAAAAGGGAAGAACUUUCCUUAGUUGUUAGUUCUGUUCCACAUGGAUUUGGUUGCUACCCUUCCAAACACACUCCUACCCAACUUCCCUCCCUCCUUCCUUCUUCCUUCCCUGAUGUUGGUAAUAAGGAAAAAGGUGUCAUUAGGGGGCAGAUUUUGUCUUGUUUGUGUUUUCCCUGGUUUUUGUGGGAUUCUUUCCCACCCCCUCAUCGAAGAGCAAGCCUGAUGGACUUGUGAACGUUUUCACAGCCAGGCAAUUGACCCCGGACUUGGAAGGCGGCCAUGGGGGAGAGAGGUCGGAGACUGCUGCUGAGGGUGUUAUCGGUUGGUCAUUUGUGCUUGUCUGCUGGACCGUUAUAUGAUGGAUGCUGCUGAGGGUGGGGAGAUAAACAUGUUUAGGUGGUUCUUUGCACCGAGGCUUGGAGAGGAAAAGGCGAUCCCACCCUCCCACUAUGACCAUGUGGGACCUCGAUGUUUCCUUCCCACAAACUGCCUUGGAGAAGGAGAGGAACACGUGUAUUAUAUCACCCCAGGAAGGAAGGGUAAGAGGGGAAAUGGAGCAGAGUUCCACCCCUCUAUGGUUUUCCUUCCAUUCAGUAGAGCAUUUCGGAGGGUCUGGAUCUUCGGAGGCCCUGCUGGGAUCUUCCCAGAAAGGGAUCCCGGGGCCUGACUGAACUUCAGUUUGGUGAGCCUGGACAGAUUGAAAUCAGCUUGGAUCAUGCGGGGGCGGUAGGGGCUGGGGCAGAGGGAGAGUGGGCAAGGAGGAGAAUUUUAGAAACUUGGAUUACUGAUGGGUGACUCACCCUUGUGUCCAAGAAGUAAAGCGGGAAGGCUGCCCACGGGCUUCCACCCAGCACUUGUCGCUGGCCGUCAAGUUUUUUGAGAGUGCCCACCUUGGGUGGACUUAGUGUCCCCAGGGCAGCUGAGAGGGUGUGGUGCAGUGAGAGGCACUCACUGCAACCUGGACUCUUUCGGGGUUUCACCGGGCUGAUGCCAAGGCCUCGGUUCAGUCGGUUUGCCAAGUGGUGCCGCAUCUGCCGAUGCCCAAGCUGUCAGAAGUUCCACACAGUCCAUGUGAUUGGGCAGCUCUCCUGACAGGUUCCCUAUAGAAGGACUUGCUGCUUCAUUCUGAGGCAAGAUGGGGAAGGAGGAUUAGGCGCACCCAUGGGCCAUUUGGGGGUUUCAGCCAUGGUUUGUCAGUGUUCUUGAAUUUGCACAAAGUCCAAAGUAAUAGCUAGAAUGAGCCGGGGGGACGGGAGGGAGCAGGGGGCCUCAACCGGAACCUGCAAAAGAUGAAAGUAGCAAAGCCCAAGGAAGUUCUGUUGCUGAUGCCGCCACUUCCAGAGUUCAAGGUCAAGGCUGGUACCCGUUGGGCUGGACCUGUGGGUUUCCUCUCCGACCCUGAGGAGCCAGAGAUGUCAAGCCGCCAGAAAUGAAGGGCGGAGAACUUUAGAAAUGAGCAUCUGGGACCAUCUGGGUCUGGUCGCUAAGGCAGAUGUGGUUUUGUGGUCUGUUGUUGCCUGGUUGGUUGUGAUGUGGGCACCUAGUCCACAGUCUGAGCAGCUGUUGUCCCAUGGAUCUCCCCUGCAUCUUUUGGUUUAACCCCAUGGGUGCCUUGAGGAGUUCAGUCUGCAAAGUCAGUGGGGGUGGGGCUAAGAGCAUGCCCAUGAGGCCCAGCUCCCAUUGGGGUCACCAUGCCCAUGGCAAACAUCAUCCAGCUUUCUCUUCUACUGAGGCUGCUGGGGAAGUGAUGGGGAAAUAAACAGUGGAAGCUUUGCUCAAGGUUCUGGUCCCAUGGCCUGUCCAGAGCAAACCAAUUCCCAUCAUGCUGUCACUUCAUCUCUGCUUUUAGGAGAAGGGAAAGGGAUGAGGAAAGGGGACAAAUGAGAAGCAACAUUCAUUUUCCCUUUGGAAAUUGUAUUUUCCUCCCAGGCUUCAGUUCCUUUUAUUUUGGGUGGGGUGGGUGGGUGGGAUGAGGUGAAAGUGACUUCUGAUUUUCACCAGUGUUGCUGUCUUGAAAGUGAAAUGGUUGGCUGGAGGGAUGAGCUAUGCACAAAGACAUUUUAUAAUCUGGAGAGGAGGGAAAAAUCUCAUUUUUCACAUGUAUGAAAUGUUGCAAGACAUUUAGUGCCAUAUUAUGUAGCAAAAGGCAGUACUGGCCAGAUCAGUGUUAAGUUGAUUGUGAAAUUGCAGUAUCCCAAAUAAAAGGUACAAAUUCUCCUUUAUCUGAGCUGUGUCCAAAGAGGGGGAGAAAGAAGGUAUUUCCUCUCUGAAAAUGCGAAUCAUCCUGAAGGUAGAAGUGAUGGGAAUUAAGUCCGGCUUGUCUGGAGAAGGACGGCAAACCCAGGACCCAGAUGAUAGCUUGAACCCAAUUUGAGAUAAUGAUCUUGGAAUUCCUGGUGGACAGUGUGAAAGAAGGAUAGAAAAUGGCAAAUCAAUCUCUGUUGUGUGGUUUUUUUUUGCUUGUUGGUUUGUUUUCAGCAUGAGUUGCAUCAAGGUGGGUGAACUGCUGCCACCCUCAAAAGAGAACAACGUGAAACCAAAAAUCAGCCAUUGAAAAUGCUCAGUGGAAGUACCAAAGGGGAGACUCAGCUGUGCUCGGUAUUGGGGUUUAGGGUGACAUCUUGUGCAGCGGCUCCUGAACCUCCCUCCCCCCUCCCCCUUGCUCCCCCCUCAUCUUUUUAGCCUCUUGUGGGAAAAGCUCAAACCUCUCUCCUCUUGCCGUAUUUUUAACUUAAGAAUGUCUAGCCUGAUGGCUGAAAGCGAGCAUCAGGGAGUGUGCUGCAAAUCUGAUUCAAUUUAUGAAUUUACACUAAAACACACUGAAACCCUAUAGACCAAAACCUAUUGUCAGCAGGGACGGUUGAUAAGGUGGCCAGGCCAGGUGGCCCUUCUGGCCCUCCAUGAUUGAAGUAGGGGGAGAUAGAGGCCACUGAUCCGGAAGGUUCUGGUCAUUUGGGCCCCAACGCUGUUGGGGAAGGACUUUCCCUUUCUUGUAAGAUUGUGGACUUUUAAAACACCUGUUGACGCAAAUGGUAAUUAACAUUAAUUUAUAUUUGUGAAAAAUGCCACUGUCCUAGUGAUUUCUGAUGUAAAUAUGUUUGUUUAUAUAGUAUGUAUUAAAUUUUCCUACAUUGUAAAACUGCUGUACUUUUGAUUAUUGUAUAUUAAAAAGUGUAACUGAGGAUUUUCAGAA